AUGGCAGUGAAAAAAAAUGGUGGUGCUCAAGCUGCAGCUUUAAUACUUAGUUGUUCUCUAUGGUAUAAAGAAAUUCGGUUCAAAGAAAAAAGAAUAAGAUAUGCGGAGGGUAUAAUGCACCUUGAUCACAAAGAAAAUUCCAAAGAAAUUAAGUGUCAAAAUAAAAUACUCCAACAAAAUAUGAAGAUUUUGAAAAAACGUCAGUUCUAUCAAAUCAUAGAUAGAAUUAUUGAAAGUCAGAUAUUCUUCUCGAAAUGUUAUAUCAGUGUCAAUAAACAAAGUUUAAAUGUUAGAGAAAAUAUUUCUGAAACUACGGCACAAAAUUUAGCUUCUUUGUAUCAAAGCAUGUCAAGCCAAUCAAGAAGAAAUUUCAUGCCGGUAUCACUAUGGGAAGGAACAUCAAAAUAG